AUGUCAUUUCUUUUCGUUUAACUUUUGUUUGUACAUUCACACCCAUGCGCUUUUGCGAAAUGCGCAUUCACGAUAACGUAAUGAAAAGAUUUAUUUCGAUUUUUGCCUAUACAUUAUUUUUCAAGAUGGCCGUAAGCGUGUACGCGUAUACAUAUGAGAGAAGUCGCAAAAAUUUUAAAUUUAAUUGUUAAAAGGCACUAAAUAAUGAAUAUAAAAUAAAAAUAAUAUAAAUGUGUCAUAUGUAUAUUUCUGUAUUUUAAAACUUUUAUAAAAUUUUCAUUAUUGUGAACGUAAUAGAGAAAGGCUGCCGCCCCGCAGGCAAAAAUUUUGCAUUGAAUAAAUUCUAAAUGUGUCACAAUUUAAAUGCUAUAUGAAAAAAGUAAUUAAAAUACUUUUUUGUUUUCAAAUUAAUAUAUAAAAUAUUUAAAAGAAAUUAUUCUGGGUAUAUUAUAAACACUUUUUCACUGUCAAAUUAAGUGGCGCGUUUAAUCAACACACUUCAAGGGGGUAAAGAAUAAUCCAAUAAAAACAAAAUACUAAAAAAGUUACAUAAAAAAAAUUUGUGUGGAAAAUGUCUUCAGCAAAAGUUACAGCUAAAGAAAUUGUGCUACCGGCAUCUAUAGUAAAUGGCGAUACCGACACUGACGGAGCUGAAGGUUCAAUAGAAUUUUUGGAAGAGCAUGAUCCGGAACACUUGAAUGCACUUAAUUCAAAACAACAUAUUGGAGAAGAAGAAAUUGAAAUGCUUACUGAAGAGGAGGGAGAAUAUUAUGAAUAUGAAGAACGAGUUGAAGAUGAAGAAGAAGAAGAACCCAUAGCACCAGAAGAUAAUACGCCAGUAACUCGCAAACCAACUCAGGUGCCAAAGAAAAGAAAAAAUCCAAUAAUAGAUGCAGAUGAAAUAACUAGUAAUGAUAUUAAAAUAUCGAAAAAAUCGCAACAAAUUAAGAAGGAAGAUCAAGCAACAAGUUCUGCCAAAGAUAUUUCGAAUAAAGAAAACGAGGUAGACGAAGAACAAUGUCGUGUUUGCACAUCGAAAGAAGACUUAGUUAGUCUCUUUAAGAAAAUUGAUAAGUAUACAAUAGCUGAUAUGUUAAUGACUAUUUGUCCAACAGUAUCUAUAGCGCGUAAAGAUUUUAUGCCACAAUACGUUUGUAAUGUAUGUGUAGAUAAUAUUACCAUAGCCAUGAAACUGAAAACUUUAUGUGAAACAACAGAAAGAGAUUUACGAAAAAAAUUAUCUAGAAGUAAAAAUAAAGUAAGACGACCAACCGGAUAUGUUGUUAUUGAUGCUCCUGCUGAAUCUGAUCCUGCAUCUGAAGAAGAACUAAACGAUGAUGUAGAAUUUAAAGUAUCAGAGGAAGGAAGUAUUUCUGCUGGGGAUGAUUCGGAUGAUUCAGAUUUUAGUACGAAAAAAAAACGGCCAGUUCGCAGUACAGCUGGGAGGCGAGGACGUCGAAAAUCAAACCUAACACCCGCGUCCCAACAGAAAGAAAAAAAACGAAUGGGUCGCCCUCCAAUGAAACGUAAUAUACAAGCAGUUGACAGUAGUGGUGAAGAAAAAGACACUUCCUUGCAAAAGAAGAAACGUAUGUCUGGUGGUGAUACUGAAACCAGUCCAAAUAUACAGGAGUAUGCGUGUGAUCAAUGUGACCAUGUUUACACGCGAAAGUUGUCCUUAGUGUUGCAUAAAAAAUCACACGAUGGCGCACGUCAGCCUAUUAGUUGUGAAAUCUGUGGCAAAAAAUUUAAAAUACAGGGUGCAUAUCGUACUCAUUUAGAAAAACACAAAGAUGACUCUGUUGGUUUCAAUUGUGAAAAAUGUGAAAAAAUUCUUGGUUCAAAAUCAGAUUUAAGGAGACAUUUAGCUGAAGCGCAUAACGAACCCGGUCUUAUUUAUCAAUGUGAAAAAUGUAAGAAAGUAUUUGUUUCUGAAACGCGAUUAGAUCGACAUCAAGAAGGUCGUUGCCCGGGAGUUGAACACAAGCCAACUAAAAGACAUGAUCAUGACGCUUUUUCAGUAGUGUCUAACAAACCAAUGUCUAAUCAGGAAAACAGUUUUUCUUCAAGAACUAAAUUCAAAAUUUUUAAUUAGAUUUUUUUUGUAAUAUUAAAUUAUUUUAUA